AACGACAUCGUUUUGAGCAUUUUCGAAAUUGAAACACGUGGACAUGACUCAUACAAAUAGCGAAACUAAAAUAAAAUUGGAAAAGAGAGAAACUUUCUCACUGUUGCUGAGUUUCUGAGCUUAGUACCUUUCUGGGCUUCUGUCUGGGUUUGGUCAUGUUAAUGAAACAUGUGAUCAUGAAUUCUCAGUUACCCUUGUUGUGUUGUGCAAACAAUUGUAUGCUACUGGCUUCUUCACGUGUUUUCAGAAGACAGCGGUUCUUGAUAAGAUCUUUUGGAGGUAGCAUUGAUCAUUGCAGGAAUUCUGGUUCUGGAAAAAUGCAGUCUGUUGAUGUGGAUGACAUUAUUAGAGCAAUUACUCCUGACCUAGAUCAAAGUAGACAUAAAGGCCAGGCAGGGAACAUAGCUGUUAUUGGAGGGUGCCGCGAAUAUACAGGCGCCCCUUACUUUGCUGCUAUUUCAGCCUUAAAAAUUGGUGCAGAUUUGUCCCAUGUUUUCUGUACAAAAGAUGCUUCUCCUGUCAUUAAAAGCUACAGUCCUGAGUUGAUUGUUCACCCUGUUUUGGAAGAAUCGUAUAAUGUCAGGGACGAGGACAAGAAAAUCAUAUCAAACAAGGUUCUUGCUGAAGUUGACAAAUGGUUAGAAAGAUUUGACUGUCUAGUCAUUGGUCCAGGCCUAGGAAGAGACCCGUUUCUUCUUGACUGUGUGAGUGAAAUCAUACGACAUGCAAGACAGUCAAACAUCCCAAUUGUGAUAGAUGGGGAUGGACUUUUUCUUGUAACAAAUCAUCUUGAACUUGUUAGUGGCUAUGCCUUAGCUGUUCUAACCCCAAAUGUCAAUGAAUAUAAGCGGCUUGUACAGAAAGUACUGAAUUCUGAAGUAAACGACGAUGCUACUCAGCAAGUGCUGUCUCUUGCCAAACAAAUUGGUGGUGUUACUAUCCUAAAAAAAGGAAAAUCCGAUCUAAUAAGCGAUGGCGACACAGUCAAAUCUGUAAGCGUCUACGGUUCUCCUAGGCGCUGUGGUGGCCAAGGUGAUAUUCUUUCUGGAAGUGUUGCUGUCUUUUUAUCAUGGGCACGCCAAUAUAUUAAAGCUUCCGGUCAAGAUUCGAAUCUCAGUCUUAAAAAUCCAGCUGUGUUAGGAUCUAUUGCUGGCUCUGCUAUAAUGAGAAAAGCAGCUUCCAUUGCUUUCUCAAAUAAGAAAAGAUCAACUGUCACCGGUGACAUCAUUGAAAGCUUGGGGAAAAGUUUGGAAGAUAUUUGUCCAGCCGGUUCAAGCUGUUUGUGACCUCCAAAUACUUGUAUAAAACGUGUCGAGUUACCAGUAUGAUUUAUUUACCUUAAGAAUUUGUUCUAUUUAAUAAAGGCAGUCUUGCUGUUUGUGACAUUCA